AUGACCGAAGAUGGUAACUUCGGCAACCAAGACAAUCCACUUUUACCUUUAAUCAUGACUGAUCCAACACAACAGAACUACGGAAUGCCUCAAAGCAAUAACACAAUGAUACCUCAAGAAAUUUUGCAAAUGUACUUUUCUCAAACAGCUACACAGUUACACCCAAAACAGGCCGAAUUUUCUGCAAGAGGAACCUGGACACAGCAAGAGGAUGAACAAUUGCUUAGUGCUGUUCAUCAGCUUGGACCUAAAAAAUGGGUUGAUAUUGCAAAAUUCGUUCCAACAAGAACAUCGAAGCAAUGCAGAGAACGUUGGUUCCAUAGACUUGAUCCUGAAAUACGUCACGAGCCUUUCGAACCUUGGGAAGACCAAAUUAUUAUUACAAAACAACGAGAAAUCGGAAAUAAAUGGGCAACUAUAGCCCAAGAACUUCAGGGUAGAAGUCCUUCUGCGGUAAAGAAUAGAUGGUACUCCGGCCUGAAGAAUUACCAUACUACUCAUGCUCAGAUGAACCUUGAAGCUAUGUCAUUAGAUAAUAGUAUCAACCGUGUUUCUCCUUCUUUAGAUGAUUCUAUUCCACCUCCAAGUACAGAUUUAUAA